AAAACGGGAUAAGGAGAAAUAUCCUGCAGGAAAUCAACGACAACGGAUUUCACCAUUCAAGAGACAAGCGCAAAUGCAUGUACAAGAAGUAGCGUUAGAGAAUAAUGAUGCUAGCGAAGGG